CACAUUUUAGAAUGGGGUGCCUCAGGACUGUCCAUAGUUUUAAAGGGUGCCUCGGGGAGUGUCCAUAAUUUUAAAGGGUGCCUCGGGACUGUCCAUAGUUUUAAAGGGUGCCUCAGGACUGUCCAUAAUUUUAAAGGGUGCCUCGGGACUGUCCAUAAUUUUAAAGGGUGCCUCGGGACUGUCCAUAGUUUUAAAGGGUGCCUCGGGACUGUCCACAAUUUUAAAGGGUUCCUCGGGACUGUCCAUAGUUUUAAAGGGUGCCUUGGGACUGUCCAUAAUUUUAAAGGGUGCCACGGGACUGUCCUUAAUUUUAAAGGGUGCAUUGGGUGUCCUACAUGUGUAGAUGUUGCUGUGUUAUAUAAAAUAGUAUUUUAAUAGUUUUUUUACAUUUUAGAAUGGGGUGCUUCAAGACUGUCCAUAGUUUUAAAGGGUGCCUUGGGACUGUCCAUAAUUUUAGAGUGUGCCUUGACAUUGUCCAUAAUCUUAAAGGG